CUUCCACUUGUAGUUGAUCAAUCGAAAUGACAAACACUGAUUAGGAAAGAAGUAUAAAACUAGGAGCGUCUGCGAAACACCCAGCAUUAAUCAUGGUGCGAAUGGUUCCGUUGGCGUUGCUGUUGAGUCUUCUUCUUCAGGCUGAUGGAGGGCGCGUCAGACGGAUGACAGGUGGUACAGAGGCACCAGAGCACAAGUACCCGUAUCUAGUGUCCUUCCGACAGAGUGAAGACCCCAAUCAAACGGACGAGUACUAUCAUUUCUGCAGUGGGUCUAUUCUCAAUAAACACUGGAUUUUGACAUCUGCCUCGUGCUUCGCUAAACGAAAUCCCAAAGUAACGUGGGCCGUUGUCGGUACAAAUAACUUCUUCAAGGGUGGAGAUAAAUACACAAUCGACAGGGUAAUUUUCCAUGAAAAUUACGAUAAACGUUAUCGUGACAAUAUUGCAGUUGUCCGUGUUGCUGAGGAAAUCCAGUUCAAUGACAAUGUGCAACCAGUGACACUGUACACUAAUGAGUUCACGCGAUAUGGCGAGACGGGCACAGUUGCUGGCUGGUCUGUCAAGGAUAAUCUCAUGUUGAGCGACAAACUUCAUGAGAUCAACCUCCCAAUAAUUUCCAACGAGGAAUGCAAAAAGGAUCGGCGUGGUUACAUCACCGAGAUGCAUAUUUGCACUUAUUUCAACAGCACUGUGGGCCUCUGCUUCGAGGACAUUGGUGGGCCCUUGAUCUUCGAGGGUGCGCAGCUGGGCAUUGCGUCAUACGCUAUUCCCUGCAGCCUGGAUUGGCCCGAUGUCUAUACGAGGGUCUCCGGUUAUCUCCAAUGGAUUCUGGAUAAUGCAGAAUCUGCAAAAACUACUCUUAAUUUCAUAUGAAAUCAUUAAGUAGAAAAUUGAGAUAAAGGAUGAAAUCAAGAUCAGUGAUUUAUAAUAGUUUAAUAAUUAGAUACGUGUGUUCAUUUGUGGCAUUUAUAAUCGCAAUAUUGUGACCUUUCAUGAAAAAUCGAAGAAUGACGUUUCCGCUGGCCUUUCCGGGAAUUCGAUCAGCCAAAAAAAAAUUAGUCAUUUUUCAUUAAUUUGUUGCCGAUGACGCUUUACUGCAGCGCCAUUUACUGACUCACUCAUUUUUUUAUUUUAAAUAUUCUCUUGACAUUAUUUAUGUUGGAGAAAUGCGACGAGCCUGCGGACGUUAAAUCCAUGAGUUUCUUAAUCUAGAACGAAGAUACUAUUUAAAUAGAAAAAUUUCAAAAGGAGAAUUACGUGAUGGGGAUUAAAUGCGUUAUUUCUCUGAAUAUAAAACAGAAAUAAUUUCAUUGCAACCAAAAUAGAUGAUGUUUCAUAUGUUGUCAUCAGCUUCAUACAUUUCAUCAUAGAACGCUUUCAUUAACCAUUCGUAUAAAUUAAAAACUAUAAUGUUGCUAUUAGUUCCUGCCCUUGUAGACUGUCCUUGUGGUAAUCCCCGAGAAGGACAUUUAGAGACUCGUUUUCACCGUUCCUCCGUCGCAGAUGGUCGAAGGUGUGUGACCCAAAUUUUUUUUACAUCAUUACAACUCUUUUCACUUAAUUCCAAAACACACGGAAGAGCCUCGAAAUAAAUAAAGACAUCGUUCACUCGGAACUCAUAAAUUUAAAAAAUUUUCAAAUUCUAAACACGUAUUGAAAUUUAUGAACAGAGACAAUGCAAUCAUCAGCCGUGAAUGGGCUCGGAAUCGCCGAGAUUUUUUUCGCAAAAAUUCAUAAUCCAAUAGUUUACGACUUUAUGGUGAUUAGGAGUUUAUGAAAGGAACAUUUGUUUGAAUAUGCAUGGCAUGCGAUGUUUUCUACGACAAAAUGCAUUUCCCGUUUUCGGGAACAAAAACUAGUCACUGGGUUUCGAAACAUUUACUUUACCCACGACAUUGUGCAUUCGUUUGUCGCAUAAAACUGUACACUGAGUAGUAAUGAUCUAAUGCGCAAGCAAUUCUAGCCUUUAUACUGGCUUGUGGAUGUAUUGCUUGAACGUUUUUCAUUUUUAUGUGACACGAGACUGCAUUAAAUUUUGGUCUCUUCCAUUAAAUUAAUGUUUCUAACAAAGGACAAUAUAUUUCCAUACGUCAUUGAAGGUAAUUCACCGAACUUCCUAAAUUAUUGAUCAAUUACUUAUUGACAAUUAAUUUUGUGAAAGAGGUACAUCUGAAGAUUACCUUUUGAUAAUUUGACAGAUGCACAAAUGUAAGAAAAUAGCACACGCCAUGCAUGGAGGCAACAGUUCAGGAAAAAUUAUGGGACUCAUAGUUUACUUCUCGAUUACGAAAUCGGCUCGGAAAAAUUUAUGUAAGACUAUCGUAAUUUUCCACAAUCUAUUCAGGGAAAAACGCGGAACACUUCGGAAAAAUUCUGUUAUUUCAGGUAAGAAUUACGUGACAGUUAUGUAAAAUUGCCUGCCAGCGUAUUUUACUCUAAACUAACAAAUAAGAACGUAAUUUUCAUUGAAUAUUAUUCCCCAUGCGUUGAAAUGAAAUUUCAAUUUUUUUGCAACAUAAAAUAAUUAUACAAUUUUCCAAAAACGUAUUAAUGCGGUUCCAAAAAAAUCCCUAGCAUUACCCUAAAGCUUAACCCCUUUAUAAUGCUCAUGGUUAUUAAAGAUACUGAAAUCGCGCUGAAUGACAAAUAAAUUAAUAUUCUGGGAUGAUUUUUCUUGAUAAUCAAAUUAUUCUGAUUAUUUUUUCUCUCAUCAAUCGAGUUGCAAUCGAAUUGAUGAAUAAAUCGAAUUACUCCUUUC